AUAAACUUCGCAUUUUUUUUUUUUUAUCUUCGGAAAUCGGAAUUCAACCAUUUUAAUUAAUUUCGGUUAAAAGCCACGAAAUUCUUUUGAGGUUCUAAGGGAAAAUAAAUGCCUUCAACGACUUUAUCAACCUCUUCCUCUUCAUCAAAUAUACAAGACGAUGAUGAUCUUCAAAACAUGCAUCACCAUUUUCGUAGCAAGACAGUAUGCAAAUUAAAUUGUGCACACUGUGAUAAUAGUGUGUGUGCGAGAGGAAUGAAGGCAAUGCUAUUAGCUGACACAAGAAUUGAACUUUAUUCAACUGAUGUACCGCCAUUUUCAGUACAAUUGGUCGGUGAAGAUUAUAUGACACAAAAUUGUCAAUGUAAAAUUCGAGAUGUGGCAUGUCUCACAUGUGGAAAUGUUCUAGGUUAUCAUAUCACUCAACCAUGUCAGCAGUGCAUGGAGGCCUGUAACAAUGGUCAUCUUUGGAUGUUUCACACUGAGGCUGUUACAAGUGAAGAGAGACUUGAUCCUGAAGGAAAAAAAAUUCUUUUAUGGGCACAUUUACCUCGAGCUGAAAAAGACACCGAGGCAGUUAAUUCCGAAGAUGAAUAUGAACAAUGUUGCCGAUAAAUGGGUUCUUUGAAACUUAUUUUCCCAAACCUUAAAAGAAUAAUCAUUAAUUUGAAUGAAGAAAUCAGUUGAAUAAGGUCAAUAUACGAUUCUUGUAGUUUAAUUUUCUUUAUUGGUUCUUAAAUAUUGUAUUUUUUUGUAAUUCUCAAAUUUAGAUUUUUUUUUAAUUGUUAUUAUGCGGUUUUAUUAGUUUUUAAGAUGGAAAAGACAGAUGAUGUUACUGAAAAGCGCAUAUUUUUUUUUUUUUUUUUUUUUUUUUUUUUUUUUUUUUUUU